AGUAAAAUAUGUGAAAUUCAAAAUUCAACAUAAACUAUAAGCGAACGUUUAAUAAUUUAAUCAAACAGCAAUAAAUAAGUAGAUAUUGUUACUUCAAUUAUUAAUAGUAAUAACUGUUUUGGUUGUUUUUAAAGUUGCAUAGUAUUAUAUUUAGUGAUUGACUGUUUUAGUUGUUAUUUUAAAUAUACUUAUUAGACAAUGAUAUAUACAGCUUGACAAAAAAAUUCUAUGUAAGCGGUUUAAAGUGGAUUUUAUAUCAUUUAUUCCUCUGUUUCGGCACCCAUUGAAAAUGACAUUACCAUACCUUUAGCUCUACAAAUAUUUGUUUCUCUCACUUUCUCUUCAUGCAUGGCCUUUGAGAUUUGAGAAACCUAAUUCUCUAUCAUCUACUCCUUUUUUCAUAUUUCUUUUGCUAUAUUCGCAAUACAUGUGCAAUAGCUUCAUGUGCUUUGGCGUGGUUAGCUUCUUUUGGUGCGUGUUUAUGUAUUUUCCGAUAAUCCAAGUCUUUUCCGGUAAUCUUUUUGGGCCAUCUUAUUUUAUGGAUUAUUGGGUCGUUGGUUUCUUGGUUUUGACGGCCGGAAUUAUUCUCCGUUCACGGCUCUGGAUUCGUUUAACAAAAUGGAAAACAAGAGAUGAAGAUGAAGAACAAGAGAAAGGGACGAAGAAGGGUAUGAUUCCGAAGGGAAGCUUAGGAUGGCCGGUGAUCGGAGAAACCCUAGCCUUUAUUGCUUGUGGAUAUUCUUCUAGGCCUGUUACCUUCAUGGACAAACGAAAGUCUUUGUACGGGAAGGUGUUCAAGACGAACAUAAUAGGGACACCAAUCAUAAUAUCAACCGAUGCAGAGGUUAACAAAGUGGUGCUCCAAAACCAUGGCAACACAUUCGUCCCUGCAUACCCUAAGUCAAUCACCGAACUACUUGGAGAAAACUCUAUUCUCAGCAUCAAUGGACCUCAUCAAAAGAGGCUACACACGAUCAUUGGCGCAUUCUUUAGAUCUCCUCACCUCAAGGAGAGGAUCACUCGAGACAUUGAGGCCUCGGUUGGUCUCACUUUAGAUUCUUGGGCUCAGCUUCCCGUGGUUCAUGUCCAAGACGAGAUCAAAAAGAUGACGUUUGAGAUAUUAGUAAAACUGUUGAUGAGCAUAUCCCGUGGUGAAGAUUUAGAAAUUCUCAAGCUUGAGUUCGAAGAAUUCAUCAAGGGUUUGAUUUGUAUUCCCAUCAACUUCCCUGGAACUAGACUUUAUAAAUCCCUAAAGGCGAAAGAGAGGCUGAUUAAGAUAGUUAAGAAGGUUGUGAAGGAGAGGCAAGUGGCAACUGCGGAGAGGAAGAACUCUCCAGCGAAUGACGCAGUGGAUGUGCUACUAAGAGACGUUAGUGACGGUGCUUCUUCAGAUAAGCAAUCUCAGCCGUUGGAUUUCGUCAGCGGGAAGAUCGUAGAGAUGAUGAUACCCGGGGAGGAAACGAUGCCUACGGCAAUGACCUUGGCUGUCAAAUUCCUAAGUGACAGUCCCGUCGCUCUAGCCAAACUCGUGGAGGAGAAUAUGGAUGUGAAGAGGCGGAAAUUGGAGUCGGGAGAAGAAUAUAACUGGUCAGACUAUAUGUCUCUCUCUUUUACUCAAAAUGUGAUCAAUGAGACGUUGAGAAUGGCUAAUAUCAUUAACGGUGUGUGGAGGAAGGCUCUCAAAGAUGUAGAAAUUAAAGGUUACUUAAUACCAAAAGGAUGGUGUGUAUUGGCAUCAUUCAUAUCGGUUCACAUGGAUGAAGACAUUUAUGAGAAUCCCUAUCAAUUCGAUCCGUGGAGAUGGGACAGAAUUAAUGGAUCGGCAAACAGUAAUGUUUGCUUCACACCCUUUGGUGGUGGACAAAGGCUAUGUCCUGGUUUAGAACUAUCGAAGCUCGAAAUCGCCAUCUUUCUUCACCAACUCGUAACCCGAUACAGCUGGACAGCCGAGGAAGACAAGAUCGUGUCAUUUCCAACCGUUAAGAUGAAGCGGAGGCUUCCGAUUCGAGUGACUCCCGUCGAGAGAACCUCUCAUAUCCCAGUUGAAGAUCAUUAGAUAAUAGAUCCUUGAAAAGAACGAAAGUGUUUGGGCAAAAGGAGGCAGAUAAGCAAACAAAUAUAUUUUGGAAAAUAGCAAAGAAGAGAAGCAAACAAUAUUGGUGGGUAAGGCAGAAAGAGCCAUACGUACAGCUAGUGAUGGCUCAAAGAUGAGAGUUUCUAAUUAUUUUGUAUAUUUUGUCAUGUCAAAUUAUAAGCGUUGGUUAGGUUGUCCCUUUCUCUUUUAUUUAUAGGACUAGAGCCAAACGCAACUUGAGAUAUGAUUUCAUUUAUAUGUGUAUGGAUUGUAUGUAAACUAAUAUUGUUCCUACUCAUGUGGUCUAAGUUAGUUAAAUCUCUAUCGAGUUUCUUGUUUUAUGCUCUAGAAAUUUGAUCUGUAUCCGUUUUCAAGAAUUUGUUAUUGUCUAUUUGUCAUCGCCAAAUUUUCAUGUAUAGCAUAAAUAAUUGUUAUCGAUUUCUAUGAUGACGAAGAAACUGCAUGUUUUACUUCAACCGACGAUGCAAUACAAUAAUAUAAGUGUAGAUAUGUAGCAAGUAUUAUGUAUCUAGUAUAUGAUAUUAAAAGAGUAUAAUUUGGUGGGUGGUGAUGAGAACGGAUUGAAAUUUAUUGCGGCCAUAGUAAGGACAAUGCCAUGCACGAAAGACGAAACAUGUCCAUGGGGAAUACACGUGCAUGUUGUGUACUUCGACCCACCUUAUAAUUAUUUCUAUUAUUAUCAAUUUGUGGAGUUUUCUUAUGUCAUCUUCGACAUUGCCAAUUUUUAUUUAUUUGUUUACUUAUGAUGGGUUUUAUUGAUCUACUCUAGUGCUGUUAUGUUUAAUUGUACUAUAUUAAUAUAAUUAUUUAAAUGUAAUUAUAAGCAAACUAAUGAUUAAAUUAGUUUUAAUAAUGUUUUUGGAGACGGGAUAAUGGAGAAGGAAUCAAACUAAACUGUUAUCUUACACACUACACACUAUGAAACAGCUUUAAAUAAGUUAUCCUAGAAAUAAGAAAACAUGAGAACACAUCAAUACUAAGAUCUGAAUUUGGGAAUUUACCCUCGAAAGGAAGACAUAUUGAUAAGCAUAAAUUAUGAAUUUGGGCCUAAUACAUUUGACCUAAAUGCCCAAUGUUAGCCUACAAUGCCCCAUAAUUGUCCACUUUAUGUCUAACCAGUUCUUCACUAUAGUAUUUUGGAUUUUAUAACUUAUGUUGAUGGAUCAAGAAUUCAAGUAAGAAACUUCUAUUUAUAUUUUUUUUAACUGUCUAAAUCAAGAUAGAAACUUAUUUAUUUCGUUCUGUUAAAUAGAAAUAAAGCGAUUAUACAAAAAUCAAAUUUUCCAUGAAACAGUAAAAAUGAGGACGAAGUUAAGAUUAGAGAGAAUUUGUGGUAUAACCAUAUUGAGAAAAGAAUUAAAAAUAUACACAUGGCUUGGAAAGUGUGUCUAUUUAUCACAUAAAUAGACGUUAGACUCCUCUGUAGCGCGUGAGCGUUUGUAUGUCACAUAACAGUUAGAUACUAUUCUAUUUACAAUGUCAAUAUAGAAUAGAUCAUUUGAAAAAAAAAUAUAACUAUAAAAAAGAAUUUAGUUUCUGGGUAUUAUUUAUUUGUAAUAUUUAGUAAAGUAAACACAAUGUCUAAUAUGAAAGAACAUAAUUGUUGUAAAAUAAAUGCUUAAAUGUAUGUUAUAGCAUAUGAAAAGCAUAUUUGAUUGUUAUAAUACAAAUUAGAAAAAAAAUGUUAUUCUAUAUUUGAUGACCAUAUAGUAUGGUAUGUGAAAAACUAUAUAUGAGAGAGAGAGAGGAAGGGGGGGGGGGGAGGGAGGGAGAAAUAGAAGGGGAGAAUGGGGGAAGAGAGAGAGAAAGAGCAAAAGAAAAAAUAUAAUAAUUAUAAUUCUACUCCAUGUUUCGUUAAUAGAAUAUAAUACAAUAAUAUAUUAUUUUAACAUUACAUAUUAUAGAGAAAAAAAAAGAGAUAUAGAGAAAGA